AUGACUACUCUCUCUACUAUUACUACUGUUACUAUGACUGAUGCCCUCGACUCCUCUUCGUCAUCCGAUUGCAAUCCUGAUACCUUGGCCAUGAUUGACGCUGCAACCCAUCUUAUGCAAGCCUCUGCUGGGCAUUCGUCCACUAUUCUAGCCUCUCCACUUCAACUCCCCAAAGCUGAUCCGACCUCUCCAGUUCAACCCUCCAAAGCGGAUCCAGUCUCUCCAGCUUCAUCUGUCUGCAUUGACAUGCCAGGGCAGUCGAUAGAACCCGUUGGUUCAAGCCAUGACGACCCGCAUCUACUAUCAAACCCCAAAAGUGAAGUGUCACCACGUGCUGGAACACCUGCUAACUCGACUACUAAUGCGUCAGGCACAGGUCAUUUGCACACGGUGCAGCUUGAGUGUGCGCGUGCCUCGUUGUCUGGGCCGCAUGGGCAUGCUGUUGAAGGUUCUACUGAUAAUCGAAUUCAGCAUCCAGUGUUUUAUCGCAACUACCCGCCUCUGUUACCGCCUACUCCAGCUCCAGCUGAUCAACAUAUGCAUACAGAAGCAGGUUAUAAAAGAGAAGAGUCGCUGAAUAAGACUGAAGGUUUCAACUGCAACUCUAGCUCACUUUCUAGGCAACUUGCUCACGACAGAUCUCAUUUGCAUCACAAUCAAUCGCGGUCAUCUUCACUUGCUGACGCUUCUACGGUUAUAAACCAAAUUCCUACCGACUCUUUUGAUUACACCAAUAGCAAUAUCAGGGAACUGCGCUCUAACUCCAAAUCGGUACCCCCUAUCAGCAGCACUAGUGCGUUGACAACCCAAGCUACUAGUAUGCCUAUCCGAGGUCCUACAUAUCAGACACAUACACUGUCGAGUUUGGAAAUGCACUCGGAUUGUCCUGCGUGGCCAACUCCACCUCCUCAGUACUCAUUAAGCGAGGCCGAUAUGAUGGCUCAGCGUAUGACUGAUGGAUGGAGGUUUCUGUGCAAACUAGCUCGUUCAAGUGAGGAGCCUGACGUGUCUGUUCUUUUUGCCAAUAUGCAGCAGGUGCAACUAUCCAUGAAGCAGGUUCUUACAGGUCUUGCAAAGCAAAGACCUAUCGCCAUGUCUAAUACCAGCCUUGAUGCGUCCAGUCGUGCUAAUUCUUCCAUUGCUUUAGCACCCAUCGUAGAUGCAUGCGCUGAAUCUCCCACUACACAUACCCUUCCACCCAUAAUUUCUCAGCACAGUGCCUCGCAAGGUGCAUUACCACAACGCACACAUCAAACAGGGUCCUAUCAGUUUGACAAACAGCGCAUGGAUAGUUCUAGCGGUUUGUUCAAAGUGCGACGUAGAUCGCCCGAAUACCACCCUUAUGCUCGCACCUCACCGUCUUCUCAGCCAUCCCUGACAUAUUCUCAACCACAGCCAAGAAGAGCAUCAAAUGGAUUGGGUCAUAUGACAUAUUCUAGCGAUGCCAAUUGCUUUCCUACUCCAAGUAGCCCAAAGCGCUUGCCUAGUAUCCGCUAUAACCCCCUCCAGUCUGCUAAUACUUCUGGUACCAAUGCCAACUUGUCAGAUCUAGACAAACGCUCUUCGUCUCCAUCCAGCAUCCCUGCGAUUUCAUCGCUCUUGGUUUCUACAGAUGAUGCAAUAGAAAGGAUGAAUCAUCGUAGAGGAACUCCAGUUGGCCACUCUACCCAGCAGUCGGUUGGAUCGCACCAUCCUAAUGCCGAUACGCCUAUGAGAGAAAAUGGGUUGACGAAUAGGUUCAAUCCAGCCUACCAAAUUUCUGGCACUGAUUUAGCCAAUCAUUCCAAGCAAUCAUCUUCAAUCUGUAGAUCGACUUUUAGCUCGUCUCCUAUAUAUGCUCCUGUACAAGAAUAUGAAUCUAGUCCUAACCAUCCAGGCCCCAACUAUCAUGCUAAUCAUAACUCUAACCAUUAUCAUCUCCAAAAAAUCUCGGAAUCACCAACGACUACAAACUAUCCACAGUAUAGUCAGAAUCACAACAUGCAUCGCUAUCAACGACAUGACUCGGCUGUAUCAACAACUUCAAACACAUCUAAUUCUGUACAACCACGGUCAAUACAUCAACCACACGAUUCAAGACUGCCAUCCAACCUGGGACCAGGAGGUUCCCCUAUGCCGACCCACUUGUAUUCACCGCACCAACAGCGCUCGCUCCCAACGACAACGCCCAAACUCAAAAACGAUUGUCCAAAGCGUAAGAUUGCUAUGGUCAAGUUUGCUAGCCCGUCAGUGACAGUUCCUGAACAAAUUGAAAUUCUUAUCAAUGUUGUCGAGGAAGAGCCUAUACUCAAGUGGGUAUUGGAGCGUCGCUCGUCCAUGUCAUCUUUAGUUUCUGGCGGAUGCAAGACAUGGAUUACUCAAUGUCUCAGGCCCAUUCUAAACUGUUACUACAACUGCCAUAACGGAGACAUGAGUCGGUUCACAAAGACAUAUCAGACACGACUUGUUGCUAAGCGAUUCAAAGAGGCUGGUGGAUGCUUCUGUAACCAAUGA